UCAAAGGUUUCUCCCCUUGCGAAAGAAGAAAUUUAUCAACAUGCGAAAAAGGAUGUGCGAAUGAAAACAGCUGGUCAAAAAAUAGGAUAUUCCUUAGUUGGCCACGCUCCUAAUUAUCUUAUCGUUUUAAAAUGGAUGAAGAUGAAACAGACAGUGGCUAUAACACUUCAAUAAAUGAACCUUUAAAGAUGGAGAAUUCCAAUGGAACAGCCAAUGGUAGUGACGCAACAUCUGAUUCUUUGAAAGGAGUUCGUCGGCCAACGUCUUUACAAAUGAAAUUAGAAAAACAAAGAGAGGCGGAUAGAAAAUCACAAAGGAAUAGUCGUGAAUAUGCAUUAAUAGACCAACAACCAAGGAAAACUCCAGCAUUAGUAUCUAGGGAUCGGCUAGCAGUGCCCUGGAAGAACUCAUCACAUGAAGCCAGUAGCCAGCCAUUAGUGACUAUAGAUAGUGAAAGCGAAGAUGAGUUUGAUAUCGUCACGCUAACUUCAACACCCUCACAGCAUCAACUAUCGUCUCCCAAUGGACGUAUUGUUUCACAGCAAGUUUGCUCCAAGAUUAAUAGAGAUUUAACACAACAACUUCUGAAAGAUGGAUACAGAUUGGAUGAGGUACCCGAUGAUGCAGAUUUGGACUUGAUUCCGCCCAAGCCUGUGCAUGAUAGAUGCGUUUGCUGCCAAAAUUAUGAUUUUAAUGGAAGCUAUGCCUGUGUAAUCCAAUGAUAGGAAUAAAAAAAUUCCCCCUCCCCCUUCCCAAUUGCAAUAUAUCUGUAUUAUAACAUAUCGUAUUCCAAUACUGGAUUCUGUCUGAAUGGUUUUGUUCAACCCGUUGAGACCGUUAAGAAUUAAUGUUCAUGUCAAUUAUCACAGUUACGUGCAGUAUGCACUUAAACAAAGAGUAAUCAUGACAUUAUGCAAAAUAUGAAGUCAUGACUUCAUGCAAUGAAUUUUUCAAAAAUGAGUUCUCUGACUGUAUAAAAUAAGCGCGUUGACAACUUUCAAGUAGACAUAUCAACUAUAAUUGUUAAUAUGGUAUAGCAUUGCAUGAUUGAAGUGCUGGCCCAGAGCUAGUAAUUAUAGGCAGUUUCCUACAAUUAGUAGCUGGUGGUCUAGUAAUAUAUCAACAAUCUAAUACCUGUAGUAAUAUUGAAUUAUGAAAUUAAUUGAAAUGGAAGUGGAUUAAUAGGCGCUACUAAUUUUUUUUCAUUUUCAAAAUUUAGGACAAUUGCUGAUUCAAGAUACAAGUCCUUUACAGUAAAAGUGAUUUUUUUUACUCUAAAUUACAAGAAUGCGUAUAUGUAUGUAUUAUAAUACUAUAUUGUUAUACUGUACAAAUGUAGAUAUGUCUUACUGAUUAUGUGAGACCUUCUCACCCAAAAUAAUAUGUGGUGUAUAUGAUGUUAAGACCGGUAAUCUUAGAUUUAUUUUCAGUCAUUUCGUAAACAUUUUAAAUUGAAAGCUGAAUUUAGGCUUUCAAGAGUUGAUAGUGAUAGAGACCUACAAUAUCUUGAGCUUUUUCCACACUGACAAAUACCUGUGAUUUGUCCAUAUAUGGCAAUAAUAUGACAUCAUCACGACCAAAUAUGAUCAAAUCGCACAAUUUCUCAGAGCCUAUCCAUAAUGUAGCUGACUUUUUUGUGAGCUGCAAGCACUCUUGUCCUAGGUCCACUAGGCCUACAUUAUGUGUUCUGGGCACUUGAAUUAGAUUGUAGAACAAUUUGUUAACCCCAGAGAUUUCCCCUUGUUAUUGCCUACUGGUUGUGAAAUUGAGAGUGGUUAAAAUCAGUCUGGAAUAACUAUGAUUAAUAUUCAUGAUUAGUAAUAUAGUACCCUAGUAUUCCAUAUUCCAAAUCAAUGAGGUGCAAGUAGAUAACAAUAUUUUAAAAAUUAUUAAUUAUACAUUCCUUUUUUUAGUGCAAAUGUAGAGAAGUAGUUUAGUAUAUUUAUAAAUUGAAAAGUCUAUUGUUUAUUUAAGAGAGGAGUUUAUUAAAUUGCAUAAAUGUUGGUGAUAGACUAUGUGCUACAGCGUUCUGGUACCAAUACAUUGUAAUUUAAACAGCCCUAGAGAGUAUUUCACACCCGCGAUUAGCAUGUGAUAAUUCGUAUAGAGCCAUGAUGACAUAGGCCUGGAAUAGUAGCACAUUUAACAGGUAAUUUGAUUGAUGAGUAUAGUUGAGGAAACUUCCGGAUGCCAUUGAACUUUCCGUAGGAAAUAUGUUAAACACAGAGCUCUAACAAGAAUGAUUGGCACCGGCACAGUUCUUAAGUGUUAUUAGAACCGUUGCCAAUCUAUCAAAUAGUAUUACCAGUCUGUAACUUUAUCCGUCAUGAAUGUUAUGGCGUGUGAUGAGAAAUGACUGAGACCCGGGAGCUAUCUGCCUUCAAGUUGUUAAGUAUCAUUUGUAUUUUGACGGAAAUGUGUAACAGAAAUAUAGCCAGGCCUUUGCUAGUUGUUAUAUAAAAAAAACAAAAUUAAUUAUUUUAAAGCUUUAGUAAGUAUGUUUCAUCCUCCAAUAUUUUAAAUAGGCCUUUCCAAACAUCUUUAUUACAGUAUAUAUUUUUUUUUAUGUGGCAUGAUAAAAAUACUCUUAGUUAUAAACAUUUUUAAGAGUUGCAAAAAUGGAAUUUUAAGUACAAAUGUAGCAUAAAAAAAAAUUUAAAAAAAAA